AUGGUGGAAUGCCACAUGCCCCACGGGCCGAUUGCAUGGAACCACCCAUGUGCGAUGCGUGCUUUGCGGGCACCUGUGUUACUUGCAUCAUUUGGCGGACGACAAGGCGAAGAUGCGCUGCAGGCAAGUGCGCUAAAGACACGUGUCACUGCGUGGACUCCUGAGUGGACUGUCAAGCUGGCUUUCUGCAUCCCGGCCGUGCUCCUUUUGUUGGCCCUGUUGGUCAUUCUCAUGCUGGUGCGAGAAAGGCAGAGCCAGAAAGAGAUUAACCUCAUGUUGGUGCGACAAAGCGUUCGAGAAAGGCAGAGCCAGAAAGAAAUCAGCAAGAUAAAGGUGCGACGGACAUGGCGGUUGGCAGCUACUGCUAAGCUGCGGGAAGUUGCUUAUGAUUCAACCUGCGAGGAGAAGAUGAAGGCGAGCUGCAAACAGUUCGAUCGUGAUGAAGCACGUCAACGUGGUGACACCUUCUUCUUUGGAUCUGAGGGCCUGGAAGCUACAUUGCACGAGCUGGCAGAUGCUAGCUUUGAAACAAUGAAGUGUCGCAUGGAGUUGGAUCAGGCACCGCCGUGGAGUUGGCAGGCCAAUCACGCAUGGCUUGCUGUACGAAGUUGGGGGGCCACCGUAGGGAAGUGGGUGAUGCAGACACUUGCGGUAAGUCUUUACAAGCUUGGCAAGCAGCUUCAGCGAGGGAAAGCGUCGAAACAACGUUUCAUCUUCAACGUCCAGCGGCUCAACGGCCUCUGCGCCAUCGAUAUCGGAGGCAGACAGACAGCUGGAAGUGCUUCUUCGCUUCGCCGCCAUGGGCGGCUGAGUGCCGCCAUGGGCGGCGAGGAAGCCCACGAGAAGGCCAGGCUGCGAGCCGCUUUGGAGAAUGCUUUGGCCGAGCUUGACAAGGCGCAGGGGCUAGACUACCUUUGGGGCAAGGCAGCAGAGGCAGAGGCCAAGCCCGGCCUUUCGCCAGACACAGCUAGUGACAGACAGAAACAGCAGCAAGCUGAGAACAUGCAAAACCUGCAGCAGAAAGCCAGCCAAGCAGUAGAAAAGCUCGAACUGGAGCCAGCUCUUGGAGUUCUUAAAAAGAGACGGGGAGGCAGACCGCUAGGCAGUAAGCAGAAGACGAAAGCGGUGCCGCAUCUUCGCAAGAAACGAUGUGAUGUGACAGCCAGAGGCAAGCUUUCCAUGAUGGAAGAGCUAGACAGAGCAGCUGUAACUCACAAAAGCAAAACUGCAGCCAGGCAGCAUGUCAUGAGGCAGUAUGGUGUGAGCAAUUCUUUUUGCUUCAACCUGCAAAAAGACUAUCACAGACAGAAAGUCACCAACUUUCUCGCCAGCACGGGGCGAGGACACAGUGCCAGACAGGCAGGCAGCCAUUUGGGUCUCGUGCACCUCGUCAGCAAGUCAAAUGGCCGAAGACUGCCUGACCCAGGCAAAGUGCUGGGUAGGCCAGACUUUCUCCUGCCAGUCUGGUCUGAGACCCGUGCUUGGGCCUUGAAUGAGGAAGCCAGCCAGCACGUCCUGACGAACGAAGACGUGCUGAUGGACUUCCAAGAAAGGCUCGACAAAGCCAUUGCAGUCAGGCAGGCAGAAAAGGAAAAGGGUCUUCUUGACCAGACAGGUGAGAAGGAGCUGGCAGCCAUGACGCAAAAGAAAGCCACGCUAGCCAGCAAGCCAAAGCAGAGGAGCAAGUACCAGAUCCUGCUCCUGGCAAAGUGCGGUCUUCGAAACAGAUCCUGCCAACAGACAGCCAACCUGAGCAAGGAGGAUGAGAAAGCCAGGCUAGACUUGUCCUGGCGACUCUGGGACUUGCUUUUGGAACAGGCAGCCAGCAAGACACCACAGCCAGACUUGCCUGUAGCAAGCCCAGAGCAGUGGACGACAAAGCGAGCAGAGACAGCCAUCACCAUGUCAGACCAAGUACCUGCUUGGCUCAAGCCAACGCCAGGGAAGGCGUUGACAUCGGUGGUGCGCUUGAAGCUAGCCAGCGAGCAAAGCAAGGCACCGAGGCUGGCAUGUGCUUCUCGAGCCCCAGGUGUGGCAGCAAGGUGGCGAGUCAGCUUGGUAGCUAGACAGGCAGUGCAGAACUUCUUUGCGCCAGACAGACAGCCAGUGGGUGUCGUUAUGCCCACGAUACUUGUCACAUACGGCAAACACUGCAGACUUGAAAACAUCAGCCAGGAAGGCACGUGGAUCAAGUCCGAGUGCUUCCAGGUAGGCAGCCAGACAGUCAGGAGAAGGGCAGGCCAGCGAGUGCCAGGACAGGUCAUGCGCACUUGGCGCAAACUGCGACAGACCCAGCCACACCUGUUUGAUGGCAGUGUCAGGGUGUGGUGCCAGCCAGCCGCAGUGGUAGAUAGCGGGAUUUACAGAUGGCAGCUAGAGCUCGAGUCAGAAGAGCACAGCCAGGCAGUGCAGCUCGUCGAUAUGUUCGGCGGAGCAUGGACGACGGAGUCCAUGCACGCCGCUGCACUCCUGCAGCGAGCUCAGACAGGCAUUGCAGCCGGGUGCACCGGCUUGACCCAGGUGACAGACAUCGGGUUCGCCCAGCCAGCCAAGGCAGCUCUCAAAAGGUGGCAGGAAGACUUGAAGCAGCGCAUGCGAGAGAAAGCCAGACAGCAAAAGGUGCAGUGCACCUAUAAGACAGGCCCGGCAGACAUUCUGGAGGCAGCUAGACAGAUGCACGCCAGGAUGGUGCAGUUGAAUGAGACAGAGAAGACAGUCCUUCGCUGCAUGCGGCAGGGAGGCUGGUUCCACUUCCGUCCAGACAGUGAAGGCAGGCUUCAGGACUGUGGCAGCCAGGAAUGGUGUCUGGACUUCCCUGAAGGCAAUGCCAAGCUAGGCAGCGACCACCUCAGAGACAGGUCUCGUUGGGUGGACAAGACAGGCAAGGUGCUUCCGUGGACAGAGGCAGACAGCAAGACAUUUGAUGAAUCCAAUGCAUUCGAACCCGAGUCUACGUACCUGCUUGGCCAGACAGACAUACACUUGAGCUUCCGAGCGAAGCCCAAUCUCCUUGCUCAGUCAGAAAGAGAGCUCAGAGAGGUCAUUCUGAGACAGGUCCACCCGAACGAGAGGCGCAAACUUUUGAAAGAAUGGAGACAGCAGCAAGCCAGCAAGACAAAGAAGCAGGCUCUGCAGUCUGUCGUGCCCAAAGUGGGCCAGAAAAAGAAGAAGAAGGCAGACAGAAAGAAGCCCAGCCAGGUCAAGAAGCAGCAAAAGAAAGACCAGGCGAAGAAGGCUCAAAGACGGGCAGCCGAGCCAGGCAGUGAGGGACACUUGCAUGGCAAGCAAGCUCGAGUGAUCGGUGACCUGGCUCCUCUGCUGGGCAAGAUCGUGGUGUGUGGAAAGCAGACAGACAGCCAAGUCCUGAUCAAUGCUGACGGAGUUCAUGAAUGGGUCAGCCACACAGACAUUACGCUGGACGUCAGAGACAGACAGUUUCCGCUGGUUUUGGAUUUGGAGUCUUUCCCCAGUGCUGCAGCCAGCGAGGAAGCGGCAGCCAGUGCAAAAGAUUUGCGGCUUUACAAGCACGAAGACCUGCUGACAGACAGCCAGCUCGAAGCUGGCAUCAGGGAGAUGGCAUACCGACUCUCCCAUGGAGCAGAGCCAGCCAGCCUGUGUGUUUUGCGGCCAGCAGAGGCCAAGCAACUUAUCCAGACACAUACACUCAAGGCAGCAGCAAAGACAGCUAUGGACAGCCAGGCUGGUUUGGUCUUGGCAGUCGUGCAAAGCCAGCCUCCGAGACACUGGUCCUUGCUGGUGGUCGAGACAGUCAGAGACAGCCCCGAAGCGAAGGUCAGGUACUAUGACACGUUGCCCGGUGAGGCAGCCUACAAGGAAGCCAGUGCAGUUUUGAAGGUGCUGCUGCAGACAGCCAAGAAACAGGCCCAGCCUUUGCCUGCGCCAGUCAGUCUGCUCAGACAGACAGAUGGCUUCUCGUGCGGCCUCUGGGUCUUGAUGUAUAUGGAGCAGGAGUGGCGGCGGUGGAUGGGUGAGGCCCCGCAGCCACUUGUGAAAGACCUGCCAGCCAGAAGCAGCCAGCUGAACCGCUGGAUUCAGCUGCUGCUGCGAGGCAAAGAGCUAACAGCCAUGGCCUUGCAAGCCCUGGAGUACUUGUGCAAGUUCUCCGACAGCGACAUCCAGACAGCUGGACGCCAGAUAGACAGUGAGAAAGUCCGACGACUGUGUCACAGCUUGGUGGACUGCCUGGCCCAGCGAGUGACACAGACGGACUCAGGGCAGACAGCCGCUGCAUCUGCCGCACCUGCAGACAGCCAAGCCAGCCAGGCCUCUCCUCGGAAAAGGAGUGUGAGCAACAAGAGGGGCAAGGUGGACCCUUACAAGACAGACAGCGGUGCCGCUAAAGGUAGUGGCCAGCAGGCAGGCCAGGCAGGAGGUGCCGCUGCUGGUGGUGGCCAGCAGGCAGGCCAGGCAGGAAGAGACAAGAGCAGGCCGCCGACAAAGAACAAGCUGCCGAAAGACACUCAGGCAGACCAGGUAGCGCCACCGCCAGCUCCGCCAGCUCCGCCACAGACGAGCCAGUGGUCUGGCCAGAGUCAGAGCAGCCAGUCAGAUUGGGGCAGCCAGUCAGACUGGUGGUCGACCAAACCUUGGUGGGAGUGGGAGAAAGAAAGCCAGACAGACAGCCCACCAAUCCCGUCGACUGGACUGGUUGUGGCGAAAGGCAGACAGAUCGGAGGCAGGGGCAGGUACAGCCAUGCGCAGAAGACGUACUUCUGCAUUGUCCAAUGCUUGAAAUGCAAGGCCGAACCUUGCAACAAGAGGAUGGAGGCAGAGGUGGACGGCCACUGGCCGCACUUCUGCCGUGCCUGCAAGCCCCACGGGGCGCCCGCGACCUGCCGCCAGACAGCCGUGUCAGCCCGCGACCUGCCGCCAGACAGCCGUGUCAGCAGUGUACGGGCCCACAAAGCCAGGCUGCGAGCCGCUUUGGAGAAUGCUUUGGCCGAGCUUGACAAGGCGCAGGGGCUAGACUACCUUUGGGGCAAGGCAGCAGAGGCAGAGGCCAAGCCCGGCCUUUCGCCAGACACAGCUAGUGACAGACAGAAACAGCAGCAAGCUGAGAACAUGCAAAACCUGCAGCAGAAAGCCAGCCAAGCAGUGGAAAAGCUCGAACUGGAGCCAGCUCUUGGAGUUCUUAAAAAGAGACGGGGAGGCAGACCGCUAGGCAGUAAGCAGAAGACGAAAGCGGUGCCGCAUCUUCGCAAGAAACGAUGUGAUGUGACAGCCAGAGGCAAGCUUUCCAUCAUGGAAGAGUUAGACAGAGCAGCUGUAACUCACAAAAGCAAAACUGCAGCCAGGCAGCAUGUCAUGAGGCAGUAUGGUGUGAGCAAUUCUUUUUGCUUCAACCUGCAAAAAGACUAUCACAGACAGAAAGUCACCAACUUUCUCGCCAGCACGGGGCGAGGACACAGUGCCAGACAGGCAGGCAGCCAUUUGGGUCUCGUGCACCUCGUCAGCAAGUCAAAUGGCCGAAGACUGCCUGACCCAGGCAAAGUGCUGGGUAGGCCAGACUUUCUCCUGCCAGUCUGGUCUGAGACCCGUGCUUGGGCCUUGAAUGAGGAAGCCAGCCAGCACGUCCUGACGAACGAAGACGUGCUGAUGGACUUCCAAGAAAGGCUCGACAAAGCCAUUGCAGUCAGGCAGGCAGAAAAGGAAAAGGGUCUUCUUGACCAGACAGGUGAGAAGGAGCUGGCAGCCAUGACGCAAAAGAAAGCCACGCUAGCCAGCAAGCCAAAGCAGAGGAGCAAGUACCAGAUCCUGCUCCUGGCAAAGUGCGGUCUUCGAAACAGAUCCUGCCAACAGACAGCCAACCUGAGCAAGGAGGAUGAGAAAGCCAGGCUAGACUUGUCCUGGCGACUCUGGGACUUGCUUUUGGAACAGGCAGCCAGCAAGACACCACAGCCAGACUUGCCUGUAGCAAGCCCAGAGCAGUGGACGACAAAGCGAGCAGAGACAGCCAUCACCAUGUCAGACCAAGUACCUGCUUGGCUCAAGCCAACGCCAGGGAAGGCGUUGACAUCGGUGGUGCGCUUGAAGCUAGCCAGCGAGCAAAGCAAGGCCAGGUGGCGAGUCAGCUUGGUAGCUAGACAGGCAGUGCAGAACUUCUUUGCGCCAGACAGACAGCCAGUGGGUGUCGUUAUGCCCACGAUACUUGUCACAUACGGCAAACACUGCAGACUUGAAAACAUCAGCCAGGAAGGCACGUGGAUCAAGUCCGAGUGCUUCCAGGUAGGCAGCCAGACAGUCAGGAGAAGGGCAGGCCACCGAGUGCCAGGACAGGUGAUGCGCACUUGGCGCAAACUGCGACAGACCCAGCCACACCUGUUUGAUGGCAGUGUCAGGGUGUGGUGCCAGCCAGCCGCAGUGGUAGAUAGCGUGAUUUACAGAUGGCAGCUAGAGCUCGAGUCAGAAGAGCACAGCCAGGCAGUGCAGCUCGUCGAUAUGUUCGGCGGAGCAUGGACGACGGAGUCCAUGCACGCCGCUGCACUCCUGCAGCGAGCUCAGACAGGCAUUGCAGCCGGGUGCACCGGCUUGACCCAGGUGACAGACAUCGGGUUCGCCCAGCCAGCCAAGGCAGCUCUCAAAAGGUGGCAGGAAGACUUGAAGCAGCGCAUGCGAGAGAAAGCCAGACAGCAAAAGGUGCAGUGCACCUAUAAGACAGGCCCGGCAGACAUUCUGGAGGCAGCUAGACAGAUGCACGCCAGGAUGGUGCAGUUGAAUGAGACAGAGAAGACAGUCCUUCGCUGCAUGCGGCAGGGAGGCUGGUUCCACUUCCGUCCAGACAGUGAAGGCAGGCUUCAGGACUGUGGCAGCCAGGAAUGGUGUCUGGACUUCCCUGAAGGCAAUGCCAAGCUAGGCAGCGACCACCUCAGAGACAGGUCUCGUUGGGUGGACAAGACAGGCAAGGUGCUUCCGUGGACAGAGGCAGACAGCAAGACAUUUGAUGAAUCCAAUGCAUUCGAACCCGAGUCUACGUACCUGCUUGGCCAGACAGACAUACACUUGAGCUUCCGAGCGAAGCCCAAUCUCCUUGCUCAGUCAGAAAGAGAGCUCAGAGAGGUCAUUCUGAGACAGGUCCACCCGAACGAGAGGAGACGGCUUUUCCAGGAACAGGUGGACCAGACAACGAGCCAGACAAAGACAGAGAGGCAGCAGAGAAAGGAAAAAAGGAUCAAGAACGCGAAGCAAGACAGAAAGAGGCGCAAACUUUUGAAAGAAUGGAGACAGCAGCAAGCCAGCAAGACAAAGAAGCAGGCUCUGCAGUCUGUCGUGCCCAAAGUGGGCCAGAAAAAGAAGAAGAAGGCAGACAGAAAGAAGCCCAGCCAGGUCAAGAAGCAGCAAAAGAAAGACCAGGCGAAGAAGGCUCAAAGACGGGCAGCCGAGCCAGGCAGUGAGGGACACUUGCAUGGCAAGCAAGCUCGAGUGAUCGGUGACCUGGCUCCGCUGCUGGGCAAGAUCGUGGUGUGUGGAAAGCAGACAGACAGCCAAGUCCUGAUCAAUGCUGACGGAGUUCAUGAAUGGGUCAGCCACACAGACAUUACGCUGGACGUCAGAGACAGACAGUUUCCGCUGGUUUUGGAUUUGGAGUCUUUCCCCAGUGCUGCAGCCAGCGAGGAAGCGGCAGCCAGUGCAAAAGAUUUGCGGCUUUACAAGCACGAAGACCUGCUGACAGACAGCCAGCUCGAAGCUGGCAUCAGGGAGAUGGCAUACCGACUCUCCCAUGGAGCAGAGCCAGCCAGCCUGUGUGUUUUGCGGCCAGCAGAGGCCAAGCAACUUAUCCAGACACAUACACUCAAGGCAGCAGCAAAGACAGCCAUGGACAGCCAGGCUGGUUUGGUCUUGGCAGUCGUGCAAAGCCAGCCUCCGAGACACUGGUCCUUGCUGGUGGUCGAGACAGUCAGAGACAGCCCCGAAGCGAAGGUCAGGUACUAUGACACGUUGCCCGGUGAGGCAGCCUACAAGGAAGCCAGUGCAGUUUUGAAGGUGCUGCUGCAGACAGCCAAGAAACAGGCCCAGCCUUUGCCUGCGCCAGUCAGUCUGCUCAGACAGACAGAUGGCUUCUCGUGCGGCCUCUGGGUCUUGAUGUAUAUGGAGCAGGAGUGGCGGCGGUGGAUGGGUGAGGCCCCGCAGCCACUUGUGAAAGACCUGCCAGCCAGAAGCAGCCAGCUGAACCGCUGGAUUCAGCUGCUGCUGCGAGGCAAAGAGCUAGCCAGACAGAAAGAGAGUCAGCAGCAAGACAGCCAGACAGCAGGAGACACCAUCGUUUUUGGCUGUGCCCACUGCAGUUUUGCUCUGAGUGGCUGCCUUCGCUGCAACAGAACGCAGUUUUUGAAGUAUAUGAGUAACCAGGCACACAAAAAGGCAGAGGAGGCAGCAAAGGCACCCGAGGCCCAGGCCAAGACCAAGGCCAAGGCCAAAGCCAAAGCAAAGGUGAAGGCUCUUGGAAAGCCAGGCAGCUCAGGAGCCAUCUCGUGCACAACUAAUUAA